AUGGUGUUCCACGUGCCCCCGGAGUCAGGAGAGAAGAUGACUCUCUGUGUGUCUGUGUUGUUGGCCUAUGCGGUGUACCUGACAUCCAUCAACUCCUUCUUACCCUCUGUGUCCGACCACGUGGCUCUCUACAGCGUUUAUCUGAACUGCAUGUUUUUCCUCAAGGCGUUGACUGUUGUGGCGUCAGUCUUUGUCCUACACCUUCACUCAGCACUGCCCAAGUCGACAAUAAGAAAACAGCUGACUAAGCGUCUUUCUGGUAAUCCAAAGAAAGCUACAACCGGUACCGAUUCAACUGGUAAUCCCGGUGAAGCUAAUGACCUGAAUGAUGCAUCUGUGAAACCUGACAAGAAGGCCGAGGACGUCAAACAGGUGCUCGAACAAGAACAGUGGUUUGAUAUUGUCAAAAAGGUGGACCUUCUGUUCUUUUGUGUUUUCUUAUUGUUGUUCAUUUUGUCAACAUGUGGAUUUUUCUGCGCAAUUGCAUUCAGACAAGUGUAA